CUCUGCCAGCUCCGCUACCUGUUGGAGACGGAUCUUCGAAGGAGGGGGACUGGAUUGGUUCCCGGGCGCCUGGCUGGCCCCCACCCUUCCUCGUUUUGUUUUGCUUUCUUUAAAAAAAUAUUAGUAGUAGUAUUACCCGCGAUAUCAUUAUUAUUAUUAAUCCCCGCUCUCCGUCUCCCGCCACCCUCCCGCCAGCGGUGAUGACCCUGUCCGGCAGCCUGAGCUCCAGCGACAUGUCCGGCCAGGCGGUGCUGACGGCCGAAGAUGUGGACAUCGACGUGGUGGGCGAGGGAGACGACGGCCUGGAGGAGAGAGGCGGCGGCGGAGGCGCCAGCGACGGCGAGGCGGGCUGCAGCCCCAGCGCGCUGGCCGCGUCGUCGGGCUUGCCAGUCCAGCUGGCCCUCGACGAGGCGGCCGCUGCAGAGCUGCUGCUGGCCAAAGAGGCAGCGGAGACGACGACCAGCUGCAGCAGCAACGGCGGCAGCCCCGUCGAGGAGAAGCUGGCCGUAGAGGAGGGAGCGCCGUCGGGGGGAGCGCCGUCGGGGGCCGCGGCGGCCGCUGCUGCUGCUGCCUCCAGCGGCGGCAAGCCCAAGAGCAGCUUGGUGAAGCCUCCGUACUCGUACAUCGCCCUCAUCACCAUGGCCAUCCUUCAGAGCCCGCAGAAGAAGCUGACGCUGAGCGGCAUCUGCGAGUUCAUCAGCAACCGCUUCCCCUACUACCGGGAGAAGUUCCCCGCCUGGCAGAACUCCAUCCGACACAACCUGUCGCUCAACGACUGCUUCGUCAAGAUCCCCCGCGAGCCGGGCAACCCGGGCAAGGGCAACUACUGGACGCUGGACCCGCAGUCCGAGGACAUGUUCGACAACGGCUCCUUCCUGCGCCGGAGGAAGCGCUUCAAGCGCCACCAGCAGGAGCAGCUGCGCGAACAGACGGCGCUCAUGAUGCACAGCUUCGGCGCUUACAGCCUGGCCGCCGCCGCCGCCGCCUCGGCCGCCGCCGCCGGGCCCUACGGCAGAGCCUAUGGCCUGCCCCACGGCGCCUAUCCGCACCCGGCCGCCGCCCUCCAGUACCCCUACAUCCCCCCCGUCGGGCCCAUGCUGCCUCCCGCCGUGCCGCUGCUGCCGUCCAGCGAGCUCAGCCGGAAAGCCUUCAACUCCCAGCUCAGCCCCAGCCUGCAGAUCCAGCUCAGCGGACUCAGCGCCGCCGGAUCCGCAGCCGCUGCAGCCGCCGCCGCCGCCGCAGCCGCCGCCUCGUCGGGGGUGAAAGCCGAGCCCAGCAGUCGGCCGUCGUUCAGCAUCGAGAACAUCAUCGGCUGCGUCGGCGGGCCGGUCGCUACGUCGUCGGCAGCCAGCGCGCAGACUUUCCUGCGGCCGCCGGUCACCGUCCAGUCGGGCCUCCUGGCGCACCAGCCGCUCUCGCUGGCGCGGAGCACGGCGGCCAUCGCGCCUAUCCUCAGCGUGCCCACGAACAUUAUCUCGGGACAGUUCUUGCAGCCCGCCGCCUCUGCCGCGCCCGUGCAGGCGAAGUGGCAGGCGCAGUAGGCUCGACGGGGCCCCCGCGGGAUGCUUCCCCUCUCGCGCUCCUGCUCUUAGGACGGCUCUUGGGUUUUUUUAUAAUAAGAAACGGUCGUAAAGAUUUUCUA